GAUACCAAGCUCGCCUCACUCGAGCAGAAGCAGGACAUUGCCACUCGGGGGGUGCUGCUGCUGUGCAGCUUCGUGAGCAGAGGGCUGCAAGGGAACCCCGGCAACCAGGAGCUCCUGAAGGGCUUAGCGGACAUGUCACAGAUGGCCGUGCCACAGCUCGCCACAAGCAAGGGUUCGGCAGCAGGAGGCGCAGUGGGGCUGUCAGGGCUGAAGGAGCUCGAGUUCAUCUCGUCUGCCCUUGAGUCGUCUGUGCACCACUCAGGGAACCUGCCUCUCGAUCCUGCCUACACCUCCCAACCCACUCGGCAAGCCUCCUACCAAGCCUCAUACCAAGCCUCGGCAACAGGUUUCGAGCGGCAAACCUCCGCAUCAGCCAUGGCACCGGCAGCAGCAGGGAUUGCAUCCAGGCACUCGUUCGGAGCAGGAGGGGCGGCGGCAGCAGCAGCAGCCGCAGCAGCGAUUGCUACAGUGUCGGGGAGAUCCCGAGGGGAAACUCCUCUUCACCCCAUCUCCUCCCUUCCCUCGAACAAGCUCGCUCAUUCCCCUCCCGUCACCCACGCACGCACCCUCCCCUCGACCUACAAGUCGUUCUCCGCUUCCGUCGCAUACGCGUUCAUUUCCCCUUCCCUCAUCUCCAAAUACCUCAUCUCCCCUUCCCUCAUCUCCCCAUCCCUCAUCUCCCCAUUCCGCCUCACCCCAUUCCGCCCCACCCCAUUCCGCCCCACCCCUUUCUGCCCCACCCCAUUCCGCCCCACCCCUUUCUGCCCCACCCCAUUCCGCCAUGCCAUCCUACUUCUCAUCCCCUUUUCCUCGUUUCCCCAUCCCUCGUUCCCCAAUCCCAUCAUUCCCCGUGCCAACUUUCACCAUUCCACCAUACGGUCAUACCCCAUUCCGCCCUCUUCCUCCCCUCCCUUCUGCUUCUCCCCCAAGCGUCCUUCCUACCUCCCUUCCUCCCAUCAUCACUUCCUGUCUUCCUUCAUUCCUGCAUUCCUCACUUCCUCCCUUUCUCCGUUCCUCCCUUCCACUUGUCAGUUGUCAUUCUUUUGCAUGCUUGCUUCCCUUAUACUUCAGCCACGCCACAUCUGA